UGGACCGGCUCACGCAUGCCCCUUGGCACCGCCCGGGGCCUCAAGCAGCAUGGCGCCAUCCAGCGAGGACGCCAAGACAGACCCUGAGCUGGACCCCAAGUCGGACGCCGAGCCCGAGCCCGAGCUGAGCCGCGAGCUGCGGUCCUGGCGGUGUCUGGUGCUCUACCUGUGUCUCUACGGCUUCAUGGCGCAGAUGCGGCCCGGGGAGAGCUUCAUCACGCCCUACCUGCUGGGGCCCGACAAGAACUUCACGCGGGCGCAGGUCACCAACGAGAUCCUGCCCGUGCUGUCGUACUCGUACAUGGCGGUGCUGGUGCCGGUCUUCCUGCUGACGGACCUGCUGCGCUACACGCCGGUGCUGGUGCUGCAGGUGCUCAGCUUCAUCAGCGUGUGGCUGCUGCUGCUGCUGGGCCGCUCGGUCCUGCACAUGCAGCUCAUGGAGCUCUUCUACGGCGUGACCAUGGCCGCCCGUGUCGCCUACUCCUCCUACAUCUUCUCCCUGGUCAGCCCCGCCCGCUACCAGCGCAUGGCCGGCUACUCGCGGACCGCUGUGCUGCUGGGCGUCUUCACCAGCUCCGUGCUGGGCCAGCUGCUGGUCACCGUGGGCCGGGUCACCUUCAGCAUGCUCAACAGCAUCUCGCUGGCCUUCCUCGUCUUCAGCCUGGUCCUCGCCCUCUUCCUCAAGCGGCCCCGGCGCAGCCUCUUCUUCCACCGACCGGCGCCCGCCUGUGCGGCCACACCUGCAGAGCUGGCCCAGAUGUGCCCCGGCCCAGGCCCACGGGCGGGGGGCAAGCUGGAACGGGCCCUGGUGGCCUUCCAGGACUGCGUGCUGGUGCGCAUGCUGCGGGAGCUGGGAACCGGCCUGCGGCAGCCGCAGCUUCGCCUCUGGUCCCUGUGGUGGAUCUUCAACUCGGCCGGCUACUACCUCAUCGUCUACUACGCGCACAUCUGGUGGAACGAGGUUGACCGGCUCACCGGCGUUACCCACAGCUACAACGGCGCUGCCGACGCCACCUCCACGCUGCUGGGGGCCGCCACGUCCUUCGCUGCCGGCUUCCUGAAGAUCCGCUGGGCCCUGUGGGCGAAGCUGGUGAUCGCGGGUGUCACGGGUUUUCAGGCGGGGCUCAUCUGCCUCAUGAUGAACACCUACAACAUCUGGCUCUGCUAUGGCACGUUUGUGCUGUUCCGCGGGGCCUACCAGUUCCUGGUGCCCAUUGCCACGUUCCAGAUUGCAUCCGCACUCUCCAAGGAGCUCUGCGCCCUGUUCUUCGGCAUUAACACGUUCCUGGCCACCAUCCUGAAGACGCUUAUCACCCUCGUCGUCUCCGACAAGCGCGGCCUCGGGCUGCAAGUGCAUGAGCAGUUCAAAGUGUACUUCGGGUACUUCCUGGUGCUGACCGUCGCCUACAGCUUAGGGGCCCUGCUGGACUUCCUGUGGCACAUGGCCGCCACCAACCGGUGCCCCUGGCCCAGGAGCUGCAGAGCCCGGAGAAACCACCACAAGGACCAUGCGUGCUGGACACUGCCCCGCCCCUGCUCCCCAAGGACCGAGCGGAGCAUGGACAUGUGUGAGGUCAAGGCCUGACCCUCUGGGACACUCCAGCCCACUCUCAGCUGUAGAACAGUCUCUCCCUGCAGUGCAGGCGGCCCUGGCCAACUCUGGCCAGGCACCAGGGAGCCCUUGCUGGGAAGGACAUUCCUGUAGCCCCUCCGGAGGCCACAGGCUGGCCUCGUACGGGGCUGCCGCUGCAUGGAGCCCAGCCCAGGGCACUUCGGCACAGGCCCCGGAGACCAUGACUAAACCGUGACAUCCUCGGGUACCGACUUGAACGACAUGCUGGUCUUUUUAAAUAAAACCAGGAAC